AUGAAUGAAGAACUAAACAAGCUUCUGCAUGAAGCCCACAAGUGCAGCCAUGGAGCUGAGAAAGUACGUGAACUUUCUAAUACCUACAUGACAAUAAGCGAAGUAAUUAAGACAGUGAUGGAGACCGGAGAAGUGGGCGUGUUCUUAUACAUUAUGAAUAAUCUUGUACGUUUGAUUACUAGGGUCUACAAAUAUGCUCGUUGGCAAUAUUUGAUCCAGGACGAGAGAUUUGAUGAACACAUCAUUCUUUCAAGCAUCUUGGAGAUAUUCUGGUGUACACAAACCGUUGUAAAAUCAUUUCUUUUUUGCGAGGGACCUCAUCAAAUUCACAGCAAGUUGCAAGAAACUCAAGACUUAAUCGCCAGACUGAAGAAUAAAUAUCACGAGGAUACAAUAUCAAAUGAGCUACACUUAUUUCUUCGUUUGACGAGGCUCAGUCGACCCACUUUUACGCCGCUUAGCGUCUGUACUCUGAAUAGGGGUUUAGUUGCUAAGAUACUCGGAUGCACCGCAACGUAUUUAAUAGCUUUCAUGCAACUGGAAGUAAAUGAUAAAUCAAAUAAGUAA